AUGCAGGACGCUGCAAGGGGAACGCUUCCGGUUCUAAUGCCGCGGAAAGAGUUUGUACUUGCAUCUGCGGAAAACAAAUCCACGUAUAAUUCUACAUGCGCUGCCAGCAGCACCGGCUAUUUCAGCCAGGAAAAGUGUCUGAGAAAGAAGUUGCACCACCAACUUCAAAAGGACCGAAUUCAAAUCGGAUGGACGUCAAGAGUGAAGGUGUUCGAGAAGGCAUGGGAGUAUAAGAACCCGCAGAAAACCUAUGCUUUACUGAAACAGUAUUACGGUAAGACGAAAAGAUGUUCUCCAUUCCUCAACAGCGUCUGUGCUGUGGCUGUCGGUGAAACAAGCCUUCCAAUUUGGAGGGAUCACCUCAAUUCCUUGUUGAAACGGCAAGCACCUUCAGUCCCACAACUAGUGAACUCUCAAAGACCGACAUUCAUCGCGCUCAAUGUCGGAGGUUCUGGAUUGUGUCUGAGUUUGUUCUGCCUAGGCAGCGCAGGAGCCACAAUGAAAGUUUGA